AUGCUGCACAUCCCGGCACUUCGAGGCGAAUAUGGUCAAGAUCUACUCAGCGAUGACACAAGUCCCGAAAAAGGCAGCCCUAAAUUCGAGACGGAGUGGACUAGCGAUGCUCUCUGCGCAUUCGACCGUGUUUGGAAUAACCCAGCAAGGAGAAAGCAGCCCAGCUAUUUCCGACCCGGAAGUCCUCCAGUUCCACAUGGCGCAUCAAGCAGGACUACUGUAUCCCAAAGCAGACAGACUCUGUCUCCAAACAUCAAUGCUGCUCCAUACAAAAGGAUAACGCUAGAGCAAUCUCAUCAAUAUUGGGAUACGACGGGGCAACACUCCCAGCUUACGCGCGAGACAAUAUCCCGAUUCUACAGUCCGUACCGUCUGGAAGAAAAGCUCCUCGGCCCCGAGAACUACAAGGAUUGGGCGGACCGGAUGAAGAAGCAACUCGAGCAGUGUGGCGGGUUGUGGAUCACUGGUACUGAUCUCAUGCAGGCGCACAGCUUAAGCACACGCAUCCAGCCUAGCCUGAAUCUCUGGAUGAUGGUUUUCAGCAACGUGUCACAGCCCAUACAACAAGAACUGUGUGCCCUAGAGGCAUUAGAUGCACCAGAGGCAUGGGGAUUUCUGGAGAGGACAUACGGAAGAGACAUUCCCAUGAAGAUGCGUUCAGUCAAGGGUCUACGGGAUAUCAUGGGUAUCAAGUAUGACGAGUGUGCGUCACUGAAAGAAUACAUAGAGAAGAUGGUGUCGUGCAGCCGAGCAGUUCAAUGUAACCGCGGAGAGAAAGAUGAAGACGGAGUGAAAGAUAAUGGCCGCGGAAAGAAUCGCGGCCAUUUGAAAGGGGGUGGGACUAAUGAAUGGCUGUGGUGUCAGUUCAUUUUGGUGAAUCUUGGUCCGGAGUGGGAGUCUUGGGUGUCUGAGUUGGUUGGGAAAUUCGAGGAUAAAGAGAGAAUGAAUGUUGCAAUAUGCACUUUCAGGGGACUCUUUCCGAUCAUUGAAGCAGAACAGGCACGUCGCAUACAAGCUUCUCGUUACACGAAGUAUGGUGGUGCGUGA